UGCAAACCUUAUUCAACUAUCGCUCAAUGUCUUCCACCAACAACCCCAGUCCUCUCGACCAAGCUACUUCGUCACAAUACUCCACCUCCCGCAUACGCACUUCUUUAUCACGUCUCCCUCUCGAAUUGCCGGGUCUACGUCUACUAUUGAGCCAGAUGUGUCGAUCAGCUACUUGCAGUACUUGCUCCGGUAAGACGUGGACGGGGUGCGGCAUGCAUAUCUCGUCCGUCCUUGACUCGGUUCCUAAAGACCAAUGGUGCACGUGUGCAAAGCCCGCGGGAAGCGAGUAUCCGCCUCAAGGCGAGGGUGGUUGUGUUAUCUCUUGAGGUUCUUAUCGCUUUCACUAUAUGAGAGCCGUGUGCUUGAGUUUUGCUACGCUUUGAUGAUGGCUGAAGCCUUAUUUCUUUGGUGCAUUGCUUACAAACUCACAAAUCUCGACUUACGUGUAAUAAUAGCUACGGAAUAAGAUUGAUUAAAAGAUAAAAGACACAGCAGACAAAAAAGAAUCAAGCAAACUCGCCAAUGGGCAACCCAAAGUACCCAUCCUCCGGCACCUCAAGCAGUGCGG